UUGUGAAAUAAUAACAAAGUAUCCUUACAAUCCACAGUGAAGAAGGAGGAGGAAGAGGGGGGGGAAAAAACUAUGAUCCGAGGAUGAUUUCUGCUAAGAAAACUCCGGAGAAGAGUCGUUAUCCUAUCCACUAUUUGGUGUGGCACAACAAACACCGACAGCUGGAGAAGGAGCUGGCAGCCAACGAGCAGUCUGAUUUAGAGUAUCUGGACCCUCGUGGUCGGACUCCUCUCCACCUGGCUGUCACGUUGGACCACCUGGACUGUGCCAGGAUCCUGCUGCAGCACGGAGCUGAUGUGAGCAAGGAGAACCGCAAUGGAUGGACCGUUCUUCAGGAGGCAGUGAGUACAAGAGACCCGGAGUUGGUGCGUCUCGUGCUUCGUUACCGUGACUACCAGAGGACUGCCAAGAGACUGGCGGGCAUCCCCAUCCUGCUGGAGCAACUGCGCCAAGCCCAGGACUUCUACGUGGAGAUGAAAUGGGAGUUUACCAGCUGGGUGCCCCUGGUGUCUCGUAUCUGCCCCAGCGACACCUACAGAGUGUGGAAGAGUGGACAGUGUCUUCGCGUUGACACCACCCUGACGGGCUUCGAUCAGAUGACCUGGCAGAGAGGAAACCGGAGCUUCAUUUUCAGGGGACAAGACUCCAACGCAGAGGUGAUGGAGGUCGACCAUGACAGGCAGUUGGUGUUCUGCGAGACCUUGAGUGUCAGCAACGCCGCCGGUUUGGGCCUUCUGGGGGCGACCCAGCCCAGCGAUGAGCAGGUAGCAGCCAGGCUGUCUGCAGCGGUGGUGACUACUCAACUGGACACCCGCAACAUCGCCUUCGAGAGGAACAAGACAGGUAUACUCGGCUGGAGGAGCGAGAAGACGGAGACGGUGAAUGGUUAUGAAGCCAAGGUGUACGCAGCAUCCAAUGUGGAACUGAUCACCAGGACCAGAACUGACCAUCUGUCAGAUCAGAACAAGAACAAGACAAAAGGUGGGAAGACUCCACUGCAGAACUUCCUUGGGAUUGCUGAGCAACACAUGGGACCCAACAACAGCCAGGCCCUGGUGACCCAGAUGACGAGUCCUGCGAUGACCAACCCCGGGGCGCUGACGGCUGAGGAAUACUUUAACCCCAGCUCGUCACCGACUCAGAGGGACAUCGGCCACCCGUGCCAGCUCACCACCAAGACCCAGAGGUUUAAAGCCAAGUUGUGGUUGUGCGAGUCCCAUCCUCUGUCCCUGGCAGAACAAGUGGUGCCGAUCAUCGAUCUCAUGGCAAUCUCCAACGCCUUGUUCGCAAAGCUGAGAGACUUCAUCACUUUGCGUUUGCCGCCUGGCUUCCCUGUCAAGAUCGAGAUCCCUCUCUACCACAUCCUAAACGCCAGGAUCACAUUCAGCAACCUGAACGGCUGCGAGGAAGGGACUGGCGUCCGGGCUGACAACGAAGUGGGGGUGGAGGGGGACGGACAGAGGGACCCCCCGAGGACAGACACCCCGUCCCCAGGCAGUGACUCCUCCAGCGUCUCCAGCUCCAGUUCCACAAUGUCAUGUCGAGCCGGAGAGAUUCCCCCAUGUGUGUUUGAGCCCCCGCCUGGAUACUCCAUGCUAGGGGGCAAACAGAGCGACAGCAUGAGGGAUGAGGAGGAGGACCUGCUGCAGUUUGCCAUACAGCAGAGUCUGCUGGAGGCCGGCUCCGAAUAUGAUCAGGUGACCAUCUGGGAGGCGCUGACCAAUAGCAAGCCAGGAACACAUCCUCUACCCGGUGACCCAAGUCGUCUGGAGAGGACCCCCCAGCACAAGCCCAGAGCCCCCUCCAGCCUCUGCUCCACCCCUUCCAAGAAGCAGCCAACCACCUGCAGCUACGACGAGCAGCUGCGCAUCGCCAUGGAGAUCUCAGCUCGAGAGCAGGAAGAGGCCGAGCUUCGACAGCGGCAGGAAGAGGCGGAGCUGCAGCGCAUCAUCCGGCUCUCACUCAUGGAGAAAUGAGAGCUGAGUGGCCCAGCAGGGGUCUGAGGGGAGGGGUCUGGACCCGGGACACAUGGGAGAAAAGGGCAGUAUAGGUUACUUUCAAAGCACACUCUGUAAGUGACCGGAUAAAAAAAACGGCAAAAUCAUCUCGGUGGUUCCAUGCAAUCAAUUGGCCUCCUUCUUUCUCUCCCAUCUCCUUUGCCAGACCUUUCCCAUGAAGCCAUUUUGGCGAUGUGGCUCUCCGGCCUCAGACAGCCAGAGAGAGUCGUCAGUUUUCUCUUUCUGGUGCCACAUGGUACUGUACUUUCUUGACCAGUGCCAGUUUACAAACAACAAUCCAUCCAAUACAUCAAUUUUAGUGGAAUGCCUCUGUGGAUGAGUGAUGUCUGUCUGUUUGCAGGUAUGUGUGUGUAUCUGUGUGUGUCUUUCAAAACCAGCUCUCAGCUCAGUUGUCAACGGGUCACCCUCUGUCCUGAAAACUUAUUGUGUUAGGCCGACUCUAGCACACACACACGCUCACUGUUUUGCCACAGAGUUGUGUGGUUUUCAGUCUGAACUGAUAUUUCAAAAACAGUUGUGUGGACAGAGCAGGACCAGUUGUGUUGGCGAAUAAUGUAACCUUCUUGAUCAAGCUGAGUUGAAUGUUGACAAACCUGACUUUUAAUGGAAAAAACGUUAAAAAAAAUUAUUGAGUUCUUUUUUUUAUUUGCACAAAAUCCAGAUGUACUGUAUUUAGCUUGUGGGCAGAUCACGUACAGUAUAUGACUGUUAAUGGAUGUAGAUUGACGAGUUUGAGCACAAGCUUAACUCAGGUCGGCUCUAAGUUUUAGCCUGAAGUUAGACUGCAGGAGCACAGAUUUAAUGAGACUACCAGAUGAACUCUGGGUGUGCUAACUAACUUGUAUGUGACUGAAUGAGUUUGUGGCUGGCCUGUGUGUAAUUCAAACAAUAAAGGGACUUCAUAGUGGUUUGUAAGUAGAUUGUGGAAAUGUUACGGAAAAUUUGUUUGUGUACAUUUGCAUCCUCUCACCUCACAGGAGCGGAUGAUUUCCUCAAAGUCACGGUACGAUGUGUGUACAAUAUUUCAGCAUGGUCUGCACACUUGUGAGGUUCAUUUUGUCCUACUUAAGUCUUGCCUGGAGUCCUGCAAUCUUAGAGAACACUCUCUGAGUGAAAAUGUGCCCUGAAAGGAUCACUGUAGAGGCUAUUGACAGCAAUUUUAGGUUUUAUUCCAAAGCUAACAGCAAGCUGGGUCCACAACAAAACAUGUUGAAAACAAAAGCAAAUCUAAAAUCGACCCAAAACAACGACGGUGGAGCAUUUUGUUCUUGGAUUGGAAAGAUUGUUCAGUCUUGCUCUCAUAAUUGUAAGUAACAUCAUAUUGCAGGGCUCAAGGCUAGCCAAGCACUGAGGAACGUUUGCAGUUUUGUUGCAAGUAACAAGGGCAGAUGGGGACAGCUUGUUUUUUCCUUCUUUGUUUUAUUGUUUCUUCGAAAGAAAUGUAGAACUUUCACACUCCAAUAUCAGCACAAACUGAGGUGAACCACCUCGGCCUCCUCUCCAAUUCACAUUUAAGCUUGCCUAAUUGAUAAGAAUCUAAUAUUCAUUUUUUUACUUUUUAAAAAAUAUUGCAUAAAAGAGAUGCAGCAAGAUGUUUUCAUGGUGAAUGCUGGCAUAUGAGUUGAGAGAA